UUGUGUGCAUGGUCAAUGUUCUGCCUUACAUUUUGGCACCGAGUCCUGUUGGUUAGCGGUGUUACGGGAAGAUUUCAUAAGUUGUAAGUUGUUCAUGCAGUCCCUUUUUUAGCUGAAUAAUCAUCUCCGUUUUUGAAAAAAAAAAGUUAUUUGUAGGAAAAACUCGGGGAUACGAGAUGACAGGCGGGUGAAAGUAAGAACAAUAAUUGGGCUUUGCGACCAAGACUUAGGACAUUUUGAGCCAACCAACCAGACAUUACGCACUUGUGGUUUGAGCAUAGCCACAAAUAGGACACCUGUUGUCCAACAUUUUUUUGGAUUUGACUUGAAUAGAAAAGAAGACAAUCAUGGCGGUUGCAAAGACAUUCCACUAUACCAACUUCACUAAUGGUUGGAUCAUUGAAACAACGGAUAAUGGUACUGCACCAUGUGAAAGCUUUAUUCUCCUACCAGCAGAGAACUUAUGGAACUUAUAUCUACGCGGUAUCUUGUACAUAGUAGCAAUGCUUUACUUGUUUAUAGGUGUUGCCAUUGCUAGUGAUAUUUUUAUGGGUUCUAUAGAAGUUAUCACAAGUAAAAAGAAGACUGUUAUAAAGUGGGAUGAAGAAAAGCAGGAAAAAAUAGAAAGGAAGAUCCUUAUCUGGAAUGAAACUGUUGCCAAUUUGACUUUGAUGGCUCUUGGAAGCAGUGCCCCAGAAAUUCUCCUGGCAAUUGUUGAGGGCAUUAGAAAAUUAUCACCAACCCAAUCAAUUGAAGAUAGCUUAGGUGUUUUUACAAUCAUUGGAAGUGCUGCAUUUAAUUUACUUAUGAUUACUUCAAUAUGUAUCAUUAGCGUACCAUACCCUCAAGUAAAAAAGGUGCGGGAAGUUGGUGUGUUCAUACAGACAUCUAUUUGGUCUAUAUUUGCUUAUGUGUGGAUGCUUGUAGUUGUCAACUGGAACACGAAAGGCAUCAUUGACAUUUGGGAGGCUGUUGUAACAUUGUUAUUUUUUCCUCUAAUGGUGCUCUUGGCGUACUGUCAAGAUAAUGGCUGGUGGUGCAAGAAGAAGGCACAAGUCAGUGGUGGUGAUGGAGGAGGAAGUGUCCCGAAUAUCAGGAUAUUAGACAGUCACCAUCAUCGGGCAUCCAUUAUGCACCAUCCUGCCAGAGAACUCCAGCAACUAGAACAUGAAAAAGCAAUGAGACAAAGCCACCAUAAUAUGAAGUCAAUAACUGAAUCCAGACCAUCUUUAUGUAAUACUCAAGAUGGAGAAGUGCUUUUUUCGCGACCCACCACUGCAGCCAGAAGAUUCCAAACUGCAGAAGCAGAAAAACAUGUAACAAGAGCCAGAUCAGCCAAGUUGCACUCAAGAUUCCGUCAUGCAGCUGUCCGUGCUCUCCUUGGUCACCGCAGGAAGAACCACCACCAUGACCACCACCACUCUGACUCCAAAGGGAACCUAGCAGACAUUGUAGACAGGGUCCAGUCCAUUCAUAAUCUGAAAACAACAAUGCCAGAAGACCUGGUUGGUAAAUUUACAUUUGCUGCCCACAGCUACUCAGUGCUGGAGAGUGCUGGUAUCUUAGAGAUAGAUGUUCUCUUUCAUCGCAGAAUGAUGUCAAAAACCAAGAGGGCUAUAGUUGCUCAUUCAGCACAGUGGAGCUCUAACCAGUUUAGUGAUAAUGACAUGGGCAUUGUGGAGAAUGGAGGCACCAACACUGACAUCCAUUCCAUCAACACUCCAGAUACAGAGACCACCUUCCUUGGACCACCUGAUGAUGGGGAGGAAGAUGUUAUUAAGGGGGAAGUGACAGUGGAAUAUGAGACCAGGGAAGGGUCUGGAAAAUUGGACAAGGACUUUAAAUACACCAAAGGCUCACUGACAUUUGCUGCAAAUGAGUACUGUAAGACAGUAACAGUGCCUAUUGUUAAUGACAAUCAAUAUGAGGCUGAUGUGGAUUUCUAUGUUAUUCUGAAAAACCCAUCAGCAGAAGCAGGUCUUGGAGACCCAAGUGUUGCCAGGGUUACCAUCAUUGAUGAUGAUGAACCUGGUGAAUUGACAUUUGAAAAGCCCCAUUACUCAGCAAACCCUGAGACAGGCAAAUUGAUCGCUACAGUCCUUAGAGAGCAUGGCUGUGAUGGCCAGGUGACCAUCGAAUAUUCCACCAUUGAUGGAACUGCUAAGGGUGGACCAGAGUUAGGUCCUGGGUUUGACUACGUCACCGAAAACGGUGUGCUUGUAUUCAAGCAUGGAGAGACGAGCAAAAUUGUUACAGUGGAUGUCAACAAGAAUCCAAAGGAGUCUCAGGGAAACUUGAACUUCAUUAUUGCAUUGAAGAAUCCAAGUGUUGGUUCAAGAAUUGGUGAACACAGUGCAACCAUUGCCAGCAUUACAGGAGGGAAGAAGAAAGGAGGGUUCUCAGAUGCACUUGGUGAUCGUAUUGCUGAUGCUUUGGAUGAUGAGGAUGAAGAGGAGGAACUUGAUUGGGGUGGACAAUUUAGAGCUGCAUUUGAGGUUGGUGGUGAUGAGGACGAGGAUGGUAAUGAACAGGAUCCCAUCUGGUUGGAUUAUUUCAUGCAUUUCUUCACUUUCUUUUGGAAAGUUUUGCAUGCUUUUAUUCCACCAAAGAUGUAUUUGGGUGCUUGGCCAACAUUUGUUGUCUCCAUAUUGUACAUUGCUGGCCUGACAGCUAUUAUAGAAACACUUGGUGGUCUGCUUGGCUGUGUAGUGAACCUCAAGCCUGCAGUAACUGGUAUCACUAUAGUGGCCCUGGGGACCAGCAUCCCAGACACAUUUGCCAGCAGAACUGCUGCACUGCAAGAUGAAGGCGCGGAUGCAGCAAUUGGCAAUGUCACAGGGAGCAACAGUGUUAAUGUAUUCCUUGGUCUUGGACUGCCCUGGUGCAUCAGUGUGAUUUACUAUACAGCAAUUGGUCAACCAUUUUAUGUGAAAAGUACCAACUUGACCCAGGCUGUGAUCGUCUUCUCUGUGAUUGGAACAGUGUGCAUUAUAAUCUUGCUUUUGCGGAGAAAGGUGGUUGGAGGAGAACUAGGAGGGGAAAAGAAAUGGGUGAAGUAUGUCAGUGGCGGUUUCUUGGCAUUCUUGUGGAUCUUCUAUGUGACAUUUGAAGCCUUAGUAGUGUAUAGUGUAAUUACUGUAAACAUAGAAUGAUAAAGAAGUGGAAGUGAAUUGACAAUUCUAAGGGAUCAUAUUACCAGCAGCAUAUAACAUUUAUCUGUUGACUUGUGUUUGAAGCUACACUCCAGAAUGGUCUGCUGAAAACAAAACUACUCAAUCACCACAUUUGAUAUAUAAUCAGGCAAGCAUUUGUGUUCAUUAUGAUUAUUAUUAGUUUCAAUGCUGACAACAAUCAAAACUUGGCAUCGGAUUAUCAGUAUUAAAGGAUAAGAUAAUAUAUACCUCCUCACAGUCCCACACUAUUCAAAUUGCUGUCUCCUCUGAGGUAACUGAAAAAUUAGUACUUUCACUACACAGAGACAGGUCUAUUUGUGAAAGGAGGGAAAUGAAUCUCUAAAGGCAUGAUGCAUGUACAUAGCCUUUUUAACUGCUUGGAGCACCUGUAGCACUCUGUUGCCAGAAAUCAUUUCUAAAACCUGUACCAAAUAGUCUAGAGAAGUUGUCAUUUUAUCCUGUUCUGAGUACUGGAUUAUUCUAAUCUAGAUCAGUUAAGGGUGAACAAAGCUCACAGUUUAUUUGAUAUUGAGGUACCCUGGUAAUUACCUUUAUAUUUACUGUACAUGGAUAAGGUCAACAAGAUCAGCAUUAUGUGCUACAUGCAUCACACCUAAUGUAGGAGUACCUUGUGUUAAAAGAUUUUCUCGGCAUUAUUUUUGUAUUGCUUUAAGCAUAACACAGCUUUGGUAAAGAGGCAUUUGGCAGUAUUGUUCACAACAAAUGUGACAGACAUAAAAAAGAAUCUCUUCAUCAUUUUGUACAUAAACAUUUCAUUCAAACAUUUUAAUUUUCUAAGGUGUAUGUUCAAACCUGAAUAUACCAUAUUUAUCAUUUUCAUUUUAUUUUUCCUCUGUGUGUUUAAAUUUGCAUAAAUAUCUGUAUAUACCUUUGUGUUACAUUAUUGCACAUUAUUUUCUUUGGUCGUUUUUGACUUCAGAUGUUUCACAUAAAAAUAUUGUUUUUAAAGGAGUUUGUAUGGUAGUCGAUUGAUAAUUCAGUUAUUUUACUUUGAUGGUAACUAAACUACCAUAGUAUUUUAUUCAUAACCCUUUGUUUAUGUUUAUGGAAAAGAAACAUAAAUUUCUUUGUUAUCUGUGAUUUUUAUCAUAUUUUUCCUUGUUAUAGUUUUACCUUUUUAAUAUUUGAAGCUCAUCAGGCUGUGAAAAUUGUACAUUCCUCUCAUGUGAUAUCUGUAUUUAUUGUAUUCCUGCACAGAAAGUAGAAGGAAACACACAGUGUAUAGAACCAUUUUGUUAAUUAAGAUCUCUCAUACUGCAGGACAUUCAACAAUUAUUAGCUAGGCCUAUAGGCAAGGGGGUAGGGGUUCAUGGAAGGGGGAGGGUCAAAAGGACCACCUUCAAAGGUGGAAGAGGUCUGCUAGUUUUGUCAACCAAGGUUGUAAAAGGGGGUAAAAAAGGUCUACUUCUCAGAAAAAGACCCCUAUCCCCUUUUGAAAUUGCUGCUUACAGACCUGACACCUGAAUAUGUUUAUGUGCAGAUGUUCAUUUACAAAGUAUUUUUCUGCUCUAACGUAUCUGCAGUUAAAUGCAGCUCUGUGAAUAUUGUGGUUUGUAAGAGUAAUUUGUUAAUAUAUAGCAUAUUAUAUUAAGGGUAAAAACAUAUCAAAUUGUUUUUACUGUACUUUCUAAAACCUAGCCAUGGUGGUCACUCAUGAGUGCCAAAAUUAAAAGGAAUAAGCCAUGAGCAAUCAAAAUACAUAAUUUCAAUCAACAACUAUGGUCUGCCAAGAUUUUUCUUUUCAUGUAUAUUACAUUUGUUUAAUCUUCAACUGAAGUGGAACAGUACAGUUGUGUAUAGAACAACUGACUUUCUUUAACUGUUUCAAUGACUUCAUAUAAAACUUUCUUGGGACACUUCAAUUGUUUUCUCACACAUCUUAUUGCACAUCAAAACAAGGGUUUGAUGAAUCAAGUUAACUUUGAAUUUGGUUUUAUGUUCUUCUAGU